AUGGCCAUCAGCAAGACAAUUCCGGCUGCAGCGCUGCCGUUGGCCAUUUCUGUGCUCUUCUACUCUUUCAUCAAUGCUCUUGCCAGCUCGCUAGUACUUUUGAUCUCUCUAUCGGCUAUUGUGAUUACACUCAGCACCGUUCUGUCGAUGAUCCAACAAAUCAACUACAUUGUCGCAUGGAUGGCAAUCAAAGAUGCUGCCUAUCUGAAUGCAGGGGAUCGCCAGAGUAAUCCAUCCUACGCUUUUAUCACAACAUACAACGAGCUUGAUACCAUUGUCUUUCUGAUUCGUUUCUAUUGCUAUAAUGUUCAAUCACUUCUGUUUUUGUUCUGGGCUAUUGGUUUAUGGCAUGCUACUUGGAAGGCCAGAGCCGAUCUGUUGAGAUUGAAGGAUGAAAGCAUUGUCCUGGCCGCAAAGAUUUUUGCCAUCUUGUUUCCCAUCCUAAUUGUUAGCACCAUGCGCAGUCAGCUCAUUAAGAAAGAUCCAGUUAUCAAACUGAUCUGGUCUAAUCUCAUCUUAUUGGCUAGCACCACUGCUGGAUCCAUCUUCCUCAUUCUUAUCCUGUAUACGUACAUCCAUGUACACCGCAAGGCAGCUACCAAGAAACCGGGCCCGAUGCCAAACAUGGAUUUCUCCUUCCGCAUGAAUCGAAGGGCGUCUGACGCGAGUGAGAUGCCUACUAAGCCCGCACCAGCAACUGACAUGCGAAGCAUUGCGUACGAUCGCUGGCUGAUUGCGCGAUUUCUUGUCUGCUUCGGCCUGUCAAAUGGGCUUCAGGUCUGCCUAAUUGUGUACUACUACCAUGUCUCCGCUCGCAACACUGAACUUGCGGACCGAGGUGGACCAGACUACACCCUUUCCUCUACGCUGAAGGAGCUCGCCCUCUCCAUACCAGGCGUGAGUCUUGGUUUGCUGAUUUUCAUCGUGUUUGGUACCACCGCACCCUUCCGCCGAGAAUACAGGAAAUGGUUUCAGCCAUGCAAACGAAAGCGUCAAGGCAGGGACGGACCAAUCAUGGUGACUCGCCUUGGUUCUGUCAAUGCUGCUAACAACGAGCUCCACUCCGGUCAAAUGAGGACCGCUGUUGAAGAGAGCUCUAUUGGUGUCGAUGACUUGGAGAGGCGGAAUUCUUUUUCGAGCACCUGGCAGUUACCGCCUAUAGACUUGGAUGGGUUUUCGGAAAAAGAAGUCUUCCCAAGGUCGGCACUGGGAGAUGACAGAAGAUGA